CGGCCAUACAUAAUGUGAAUAUUACAAAGUAAAGAGUAGGGGGGAUCAAAAUUGUAACAAAGAGUUUUAGCAUAUUACAAAAUACAGAUUAUUGAAUUACACAGUUCAUUAAUCAUUAACAUACAAAGUUCCAACUAGUCAAGUACACAAAAAUGCAAAAAUGCUUGAAGACUUUGAAGUUCCACAACUAUCUUCCACAGUUUGAAGUUUCCACCUGCAUAAGAAAGUUAAUGAACACAUGGAAAGCAAUAGACAUGUAGUAGAGUAGUACAAUAUGUCAAUAACAACUUAACAAGGAUAAGUUAAUGAAACAAAUCAGAGAAAUCAUUGAUUCACUGACUCAGAAUGCUUGUUAUCCUUCACAAGGAAUAUAGGGGCAACUGCUACAAUUUCAGUUAAAACUUAAUUACAUGUUAUGAACUGAAAGAGCUAUACCAACCUUAAACCAUACAUUCAGUAAUGUGUGGAAGCUUCAUCAUAGCCAAUGAAAAUUAAUAGAAAUGAUAGAGUAAAGGAUUAAUGGGAUUAUGAGAUACUUACACAAAACCUGCAAAUCAGAGCAAGGUACAAGGGUCCAAGGAUAGUUGGCACUUGGCAGCAUGUGCAUGCUUUCCAGAAUGACAGAAUCAUGCUCAUUCAAAUGUAACAAGCGCAUAAUAGUGUAAUACAUUAUACUCAUAUUGGCAGCAGGUCCAACACCAAAUCAUAUAGCAAUGUACUCAUGUUCAUACACAUUCAAAUGGAAAAACAAGCAUAUAAUGGCACAAAUCAGACAUUUCAUAGAGCUCGGAAUGCUUAUUAUCAUUCACAAGGGAAAUAAGGGGCAUCUGUUAUAGCCUACCAUUUCAGUUACAACUUACAAGUUACCAUUCAUGAACUAAAAGAGCAAUAUCAACCCUAAACCCUAUAUGCAGUACCAGUAAUGAGUGGAAGCUUCAUCAUAGCCAAUGCCAAAUCAUAGAGUCAUGUAUUCAUGUUCAUACACAUUCAAAUGAAAAAACAAGCACAUAAUGAAACAAACCAGGCAUUUCAUAGAGCUCAGAAUGUUUUUUAUCAUUCACAAGGGAAAUAGGGGGCAUCUGCUACAAUUUCAGUUGCAACUUACCAUUUUAUGAACUGAAAGAGCAAUACCAACCCUAAACCCUAUAUGCAGUAAUGAGUGGAAGCUUCAUCAUAGCUAAUGCCAAAUCAUAGAGUCAUGUAUUCAUGUUCAUACACAUUCAAAUGGAAAAACAAGCACAUAAUGAAACAAACCAGACAUUUCAUAGAGCUUAGAAUGCUUUUUAUCAUUCACAAGGGAAAUAGGGGGCAUCUGCUACAAUUUCAGUUACAACUUACCAUUUUAUGAACUGAAAGAGCAAUACCACCCCUAAACCCUAUAUGCAGUAAUGAGUGUAAGCUUCAUCAUAGCCAAUGCCAAAUCAUAGAGUCAUGUACUCAUGUUCAUACACAUUCAAAUGGAAAACCAAACACAUAAUGGCACAAAUGCACAAUAUAAAUAUAGAAAUUGUACACUUAAUGGCACAAUAGAGGAUCCAGUAGGAGCAACAUCUCCACCACCAACAUUUCCAUCCAUUAUUUCUAUAACAAACAAACAGAAUUGUUAGAAUUUUGAAAUUUAAACAAUAAGCUUCAGAAUAAGCAAAUAAUACAUGAAAAUACAUUGAACUUAUACCUUUUUCCAGCCUCUCUACUUCAUCAAUGUUUUCUUCAAUUGAGAUAGGCUGAUGAGCCAUUCUCAACCAAUCUUGUGCACAUAUAAGGGCUUCCACAAUUUUACAACUUAAUGAACUCCUAAAACAGUCCAAAACCCUACCACUUGUACUGAAAGUGGACUCAGAAGCAACUGUGGAAAUGGGAACACCAAGUACAUCCCUAGCCAUCUUAGAAAGUAUUGGAAACCUUUCACUAUUUAACUUCCACCAUCUUAGAAUAUCAAAGUCCCCAUCUUCCUCAAUUAUGGACUCAGCUAAAUAUAUAUCAAGUUCAGAUUUUUUAACUCCUACCUGACCACUCUCAAGCUUCUUCUUUUUAAGAUCAGCCUUAAACCUGGACACAGGCCUAUUUUCAGAAUUACCACACUGCAUAGAUGCUCCAGAAGUAAAAGUUGUAUUAGAACUUCCACCAACACAGUCAGGGUAUUUUGAAACAUAAUCAACAAAUAACUCAGUUAGACCUGACUUCAGUUUUAGAAAAAAAGUAGCACCUUUUUUAUCACCAUAUAAAGCAUUUAGCUGAAAUGGCAUAUACUCAAACUUGUCCCUAGGAUCUAAGACAUUAGCAUAGAAGAUUAGAUAGUUCAUCUUUUCAGGAUCACCCCAGUACUUGUCUAGUUUGGAUUUCAUAGUACUCCCCAUGGCACUGACAGAAGCAGUUGGAGAGGCAACCAUAUCUUUGAGGACAAGGAACAAGUAAGAAAUUUCAGAAAAAAAGGUAUUGGAAGUAACAUAUAGUGAGCCUGAAAUUCUUAGUGUCAUUUCAUAAAAAUAUUUUAAAAUGGUCACAAAAGAUUCAACAUCAAUCCAAUCUAAAACAUUAGGCAUGUCAGAACCCAAAUCAGUACUAUAUGCAGAUUCAUUCUCCUCAUAGGCUUCAAACACUUUCUCAUUACAAACUGCAGAUUUUAGCAUCAGGUAAGUGGAAUUCCACCUAGUUCGAACAUCCAGGUGCAGACCACUCUUGGCUUCCACUCCUAUCAAAUCAGAUAUAUCUUUGAACUUUUGAAGCCUAACAGGUGAGUUCCUAACAUACUUAACAGCUUCCCUAACUCUCAUGACUGAAGUGUCUGGAUCUUUAAGACCAUCUUGUACUGCUAAGUUCAAGAUGUGUACAAUGCAACACAUAUGAACAUACUUUACUUUUACAGAAGAAGCACCCCAGGCUACUAAUUUUUUCUUGAAAAACCCAACAGCUGUAUCAUUACUACUAGCAUUAUCAACAGUCACAGUAAAAAUACUUUUCAGACCCCAAUCAAGUAAGCAAUUCUCUAGGGCUUUAGCAAGGUACUCCCCUUUGUGAGAGGUGACAGGGACAAAGGAAAUUAUUUUUUUCUGGAGCUUCCACUGAUGAUCUAUGAAAUGAGCAGUAAUGCACAUGUAAUUUAUCCUCUGACAUCUGACAUCUGACACAGUAGUCAGUACUCAGUAGGCAACACAUGAAUAUAGAAUAUAUAACUUGAUUAGCUUCCACAUUUCAUUCAUAUUUCAAAUAAACAAAUUUGAAAUUCUGAAUGCAUCAUAAUAUACAUCAACAAUUAACAGGGACAACUGGAUAACCGAACAUUCGAACAGAUCUGUACAUGCAACUUUCACAAAUAUACGAACAUCACAAGACUAAUCACAACUCAGAACAUCCAUGCAUCAUCAAGGACUAAACUUACCAUAAUACGAAUAACGGAAUAAGUAUUUUAUACCUCAACGGCUCGAGACGAAGGAGAUGAAAGGCUUCCACUAGGUUAGAGAGUAGAGACGGUAAACCCUACAAGGAGAUGAAGGCUUCCACUCGGUUGAGGACUAUAGGCCUACAGCCUUACAACGACGGCAACGGUGGCCGACGAAGUGAGAAGUCAGACCAAAUUAGGGUUAGCCGCUUAGAGAGUUAGAGAGAGAGAGUCUGAGAGUGUAAGCUAGGGUUAAGUGGUUAACCGGCGAAGGGAAAUAGGGAUAAGGGAAAGGGAGUGGGCUAAUGGGCUUGGGGAGUUGGGUAAUGACCUUAUAGGCUUGGGUAGUUGGGGAGUUGGGUAAUGGGCUUAGGCUUGGUCGGGUUUUCGGGCGGUUCGGGUAGGGAUUGGGAGGACCCUAUCCGCUGGGUGUCGGUCCAAAAAAUAUAGGGUUGGCGGGUCGGAUCGCUGGGUUCGGGUCGGGUCAACCGACCCAAUAACAAAAAAUCGGGUCACCCGAUCGGGUUCUUCGGGUAGGGUCGGUUUUGCUCAGCCCUAGACGUACGGCUUCAUCAACGCCGUCGUCAUCAAAGGACGUGCGUCCAGCGUCAUCUUUCAUGUGACGAACGGCUUCACCAACGCCAACGCCGUCGUCAUAAGGGGACGGGCUGCCAACGCCGUCCUUCAUCUUCAGGCAUCCAACGCCAUCCUUCAAUAAAUGAUGGGCUUCAUCAACGCCGUCCUUCAUCUUCAGACCGACGUCAAAGCCCGGUCCUUCAUAUGACGUACGGCUUCAUCGACGCCAUCGUCAUCAAGGGACGUGCGUCCAGCGCCGCCCUUCAUCUUCAAGCCAGGGUCAGAGCCGGGUCCUUCAUAUGAUGGGCGGCUUCAUCAACGCCGUCGUCAUCAAAGGACAUGCGUCCAACGUCGUCUUUCAUAUGACGAACGGCUUCACCAGCACCAUCGUCAUCAGAGGACGAGCGCCCAGCGCCGUCUCUCAUCUUCCGACGAGCGCCCAUCGCUGUCCCUCACAUUCAGACGAGCGCCCAGCGCCGUCCCUCAUCAUCAGAACGGCUUCGCCAAUGUCAUGUUCAGUUUGGCGUCAAUGCCUUGCCCUUCACCACAUCACGACCGGCCCCUCGAACAAGGCGUGAUUAUCUAUCUCAAGACCGGCCUCCUCAGCGCCGAGGGUCUUGAGCUAGCAAGCGGACUCGCCAUUCCCUUCCUGGAUGGCGACUCUCACCUUCAUGCGAUGAGCGGCUUCAUCAACACCCUCGUCCUCAGUUCACGGCAGACCCCUCGGUCUCAACGUGAUCCUUCAUCUCAAGGCCGACCUCCUCAGCGCCGAGUGUCUUGAGCCAAUGAUCGGGCUCUCCAUCCCUUCCAGGAUGGGGACCGUCGUCUCUACCUGACGAACAGUUUCAUCAUCGCCUCAUCCUCAGAUCACGAACGGUCUCCCAGCCUCUGCGUGAUCCCACAUCUCAAAGACUGGUCUUAGCGAUUCCUUUACCGGAUGGCCACCGUUGCAUGGAUUUUGGACCGACCCCUCAGUGCCGUCUUCCUCAUAUCUCGAGACCGGCUCCCAACGCCGAGGUACUGACAUAGCGACUGGGCUCGCCAUUCCCUUCCUGGAUAGCGACUGUCGCCUUCAUAUGACGCAUGGCUCAUUACCACCUUCGUCCUCAUAUUCAGACAGGCAUCUAUCGCCUCGUCCACAUAUCCGGACCGGCUCAUCAGCGCUGUCGUCCUCACCACUAGGCGAGCGUCCCCUCAGCAGACGGACACCGCUGCAGCUCCACACCUAGGCCGAAGGGUUCACCCCUUGGAGUUCAUUUUGGGGGUUCCAGUGUGCUCUUUUUCCCUCAUUAGGAUUUUUUCCCAUUGUGGAUCAAAAGGUGUCAACCCUCGGCCCCCUAUUGAAGACGUGUAUUGCUCUACUCCUCUUCACCUCACUACAUGAGCCUCGAGGAGUGGGGGACUGGGGGACUACAUCGGCCUCCACAUACAUGAAAUCAUCCAGAAAGCAACAAAAAGCAAGGACUACCAAGUGGUACCUCCGUCGGCCAUGUCUCCAUCGGCCAGAAGAAGGUCUAGGGGACUACAUCGGCCUCCAGCGCAAAGAUAAACAAAUUCAAAAACCAACGAACACAAGCCCAUGACAAUGGUACCUCAACGUCCAACAACCAUGUGUUCACCCUUCGGCCAUGCUGAAGCGCAAAGCAGGACGCACAUCGUCCUCAAUGUCAAGGACACACAUCGUCCUAAAGAUCAAUGGCACGUAUCGUCCUCGAAGCCAAGGACACUCCUCGUCCUCAAGGCCAAUGGCACACAUCGUCUCCGGGACUAUGACAUUCAUCGUCCAUAUCACGAACAAAACGAACGCACCACGAACGUCCGCAAGCGUAAGAUCCAUCAACUAAAGUCAAAAGAACAAGGGCAGGACAUUCUUCGUCCACAGAGCCAAGGGCGCACAAUGUCCUCUAGUCCAGGACCCUCAUCGUCCUCAAAGUGAAGGACAUCCAUCGUCCUCGAAACGAAGGACGCUCAUCGUCCUCAAAGUGAAGGACAUCCAUCGUCCUCAAGAUGAAGGACACUCAUCGUCCUCAAAACGAAGGACAUUCAUCGUCCUCAAAAUGAAGGACAUUCGUCGUCCUCAAAAUGAAGGACAACCAUCAUCCUCAAGAUGAAGGACCCUCAUCGUCCUCAAAACGAAGGACAUUCAUCGUCCUCAAAAUGAAGGACAUUCAUCGUCCUCGAAAUGAAGGACAUUCAUCGUCCUCGAAAUGAAGGGCAUUCGUCGUCCUCGAAAUGAAGAACAUUCACCGUCCUCAAAAUGAAGGACAAGGCAGCCAACAAUUAUGGCACCGCCUCGGCCAGGAACACUACAAUUCCCAGGUAAUCCUCUGUCGGCCAAAGCGUCAGAACAACAAGGAUCUACUCCCUUUCACUUCGUCUACACCUCAGCUCAGAGAGUGGGGGACUCCUGAUGGAGUAUAUGGGUCCAGACCCCAUGACCCACAUACUGAGAAGACUAAGAGGAAGCGCAGCUGUCACCCACUGGGUCCUCUUUCGGCCAAGUGGCCCUCCACCAGCCGUAGAAGAGUCGAUCCAGAAUACGGUCCAGAAGCCAAGGAAAAGAAUUGUCCUCCGUCGGCCGGUGCCCCCAUCGGCCAGUGCCUCCAUCGGCCGGUGCCCCCGUCGGCCAGUGCCUCCAUCGGCCGGUGCCCCCGUCGGCUAGUGCCUCCGUCGGCCGGUGCCUCCAUCGGUCGGCGCCCCCGUCGGCCGGUGCCUCCAUCGGUCGGCGCCCCCGUCGGCCAAGCAACAGUCAGCUCAGAAUAUGGCCCAGGCAGCAAUCAGCUCGGAUGGUCCUCCGUCGGCCGUGUCUCCAUCAGCCAGGCGCCUCCGUCGGUCGGCGCCCCCGUUGGCCAAGCAACAGUCAGCCCAGAAUAUGGCCCAGGGAGCAAUCAGCUCGGAUGGUCCUCCAUCGGCCGUGUCUCCAUCGGCCAGGCGCAUCCUUCGGCCGAACCUCCUUCGGCCACAGAGAACUCCCAGAAUCGGAUUUCAUACUUAGUUAUUUUUACACUCUUUGUACUCGGCCCAGUAGUGGCCCAAUUGUAAAUGGGCCUCCUAAGCCCAAGAUUUGGGAGCCCGGCCCUAAUUUCCUCUAUAAAUACUCCCCUUGGGAGCCAUGUAAAGGGUUCAUAAUUCAUUAAUACAAAAUAAUUAUACUACUCUCUCUAGCUCUCACUUUUCUCUAGACUUAUAGUCUAUCAGUCAUUAUAAAAGUGUCACUGUAAGCCAGUUUUCUACUAGUGAUAUAAAUUGAAGUAUCAAUCCAUGAUUAUUUAAUUGAUUUACUGGAAUAUUAAUACAAGCCAUUGGCCGAGGAAUUGGCUGUGCGUGAAAUGUGUAAGCCUAGCAACAACUAAACAACUACUUGAUCAGGUAGUGGUUAUCUACAAGGAUUACCUAGAGUUUCUAAAUGAAUUAAUAAUUGAAAACAAAUAUGAAGUGUAUUAAUUUGGUACGUAUACUAUGCACAUACAAUAAGAUGGAACCCAACCACCCAGGUCGUUAGUAUCUCUUAACCAGUUCGUAUACCGUGGGAUCAUCUCACGGUGAUCAUGGUGCUCCACUUUCAAAACGACGUAACUUUACCCAAUUUUUUUUUAAAAAUAUCGCAUAAACAAUACACGCGUGAACAGUACACGCGUGUACAGUAACUGUUUUUUCUUUCUUUUUGUCCCAGUAGCAUGAAUGGUGUAACUCGCGAGUAAAGAUAUGUAACUUACGUUAUUGAUUAAUGUAACUCAAGUGCAUUCGAAAUGUAACUUGUCAAAUACAUAGUAUUAGAAAUACAAGCUUGAUUUCAAUGUAAACAAUGAAAGAAAAGAGUCUAAUUUCACAAUUGCUUUACGUAAAUUGUGAAUAUGUUUUAUUUUUAAUAUCAUUACCAUAAAAAAAAAUGUUUUUAAUUUUUUUUUUGUUUCAAUAGCAGAGGUUAAUUUUUUAAUGUAACUCAUGUUAUUACAAAUGUAACUCGUGUUGAUGACAAAUAUAACUUAGAUGUAUACAGAAUGUAACUUGUUGAAAAAUUGAACAUUUUUUGUGUGUGUGUGUUUAAGAAUAAUAUAUAUGUCAUAAACAUUGAUUUAAAUGAAAACAAUGAAAAGUUGAUCCUAAUAGCUUAAUUACUUUUUUUAAAUAGUGAAUAUGUUUUAUGUUUAAUAUUAGGGCUAUAAAAAUGAUAUAACAGAGGUUUUUUCCGUGGUGUAACUCACAUACACUAAGAUGUAACUCGCGUAUAUUAAGAUGUAACUCGUGUACAAUAAGAUGUAACUCGCGCGGAAGAAGAUAUAACUUCAUGAUAUGAUAUCAAAUGUAACUUCAAAAAUCAAAAUAAACAAACUCAAUGUCUUAAAAACCUCUAAAAAUAUAUAAAAGUGAUAAAAAAGUUAUAUUAUAGAAAAAGUUUCUCCAUAUAAAAUAUAACAAAAAAGUGUAUGAAUAUAAAAAGUAUAUUACAAAAAAGUAUAUGCAUAUAAAAAUUAAUACAAAAACAAAAAUAGUGUAUGAAUAUUAAUUGCAAUAUACUUAUUUUAUUUAGAUUAAUAAACUUUUUGUUAUGCAUUGUUAAAGAAUAAAAAAACAUAGAUUCAAUUAUAAUUUAAGAUGAAGAUAAAGAAAAGUAUGAUUGCCAUUAAAUUUUUAGUAUUUUAAUUUGAUGGAAAAAGAAAAGAAUUGAUGAACAAAAGAAAAAUAAAGAGAAAAGCAAUGGAAAAGGGAUUUACGUUAUUCCAAGAAGAAAGAAAAGAAAAAGAACUUGCCUAAAGUGAGAUCGACACACCAUGUGGAAGGUGGGCCGAUCCCACAGUAUAAUUUGCGUCUCUUAACAGUUUCCUAAGAGGCUAAGGCUGUCCGCAAUCCAUCCAUGAAAAAGCUUUAUUUACACUUUUCACUCCUAAAAAUGCUCAACCCAAUGUAUUGAGGAGGCUAAAAUGGAUUGGUGCUACCCUUGAAGUGGGAAUUAAAAAAAAUUCUUGAAGUGGGAAUUAAAGAGGAUAUUGACGGGGGAGAGAAGCUAGCUGGGGUGUUCACGUACGAAGAAAUAUGAGUGGACACAUUCAAAUUAUAAACCCCAAUUUUAUUUAGAGUAUUAUAGCUUUUUUAUUUUUAUUCAUCGUUUAUAAAUGAUAUAUCAAAAUUCAUAAUUUUUAAUUCUCUUUCAUAUGACACCAA